AGGGCACGGCACGUGCGUUGUUUGUUUACGUUUUCCGGCAACAUCCCAAAACAAUGAACAAGUCGCGAAAUUUCCAAAAGAAAAACCACCGCGGCGCAGGUUCCAGUGGUGGCCGCAGUCGAAACUUGCCGGAAAAGCUAGCGGAUUUGGCGGUGGAUUCCGACAGUAGUGAUGAUGAGGGUAGCGGGAGUGGUUCGUCCUCGGACGAGGAAGCCGGCAAAAAUAAGUUUGAUUUGGGAAAGCCACCCAGCUUUCCGGUCAGCAUGUGGGAUCUGAACCAUUGCGAUCCGAAGAAGUGUUCCGGAAGGAAGUUGUCUCGACAUGGGCUGAUUGCGAAUUUGAGACUUGGGCAGAAAUUCCCUGGUUUGGUCCUAACUCCAGUUGGAACCUAUUGCGUCAGUCCGUUGGACAGGGACAUCAUAACCAGUUCCGGAAUAGCAGUCGUUGACUGCUCGUGGGCCCGUCUGGAUGAAACGCCCUUCAAUAAGAUGAAAUCUCCAAAUCCGCGUUUGCUUCCAUUUUUGGUCGCCGCAAAUCCAAUCAAUUAUGGCAAACCGUGCAAGUUGUCCUGUGUGGAGGCGAUCGCAGCUUCGAUGUACAUCACCGGGUACCAAGACGAAGCGCUGUGGUAUCUGAACAAAUUUUCCUGGGGCCAUUCGUUUGUGGAGUUGAACCAGGAGCUGCUUGAUGCGUAUGCGGCUUGCAAGAACAGUGCGGAAAUUUUGGAAGCGCAAAACAAGUAUCUGGAGAAGGCGGAAGCCGAGCACAGUAACCGGAACCGGGAGAUAGAUUUGCCACCCAGUGAGAGUGAAGAAGAGGAGGAGGAGGAUGACUAAUUGAAAGGGAACUUGAUAUGUUAUUUAGGAGUUUUGAAUUCAAUUGUUUAGAUUUGAAUAAAAUUAUAUAAUAUUCAUAUUGUAA